AAAGGAUUUUUUUUUUUUUUAGAUAGUCUUUUCCCUUUAAAUUCUCCCUCCAUUUCAGGCCACGGCACCAUACUAGACCUAUAUAUAAAGAGUCCUAUCUCUUUUCUUCUGAAGCACAUCCAGCCCUUCAUCUCCUCCUUUCUCUCUCUCUCUAUCUAUAUUGCAUCUCUUUUGUGCAUUAUAGAUACGUGGGUUAAGCUUGCAGGUGCUUAGCUCGGUUAGAGAGGGAAUGAUGAAAUUGCCUCCAGGUUUUCGUUUCCAGCCAACAGAUGAAGAGCUUGUCUUUGAGUACCUCAAACGUAAGGUUCUUUCAUGGCCGUUGCCUGCUUCAAUUAUCCCUGAGAUCAAUGUAUGCAAGUACGACCCCUGGGAUUUGCCUGGUGAUAUAAAGCAAGAGGGGUACUUCUUCAGCAACAAGGAAGUCAAGUAUCCAAAUGGAAACAGAAUCAACCGAGCAACUGCUUCUGGGUAUUGGAAGGCGACUGGCUUAGACAGACAAAUUGGUUCUUCACACAAGAACCAUGCAGUGGGGAUGAAAAAGACUCUGGUUUUCUAUAGAGGCAAGACUCCCCAUGCUACUAGAACUGAUUGGAUCAUGCAUGAAUAUCGUCUUGUUAGUGUAGGUACUGUAGCUUGCAAAAAUAAUUUUCCAUUGACAAAGAACUCAGCCCAGAAUUCUUCUGAUCAAAUAGAGAAGUGGGUUCUAUGUCGAAUAUUUUUGAAGAAAAGAAAUAGUGAGAUAGAUCAGGCUUGUAAGGAUGAUAGAGUAGAGAAUGUGGCGGUGAAGUCUCAUAUGCACAGAUUUUUUUAUUUUACGAGGAAGGACAAUAUUGUUUUUGAUUUUGUUUCGUCCUCUUCGUCAUCUUCAAGCUCCAGUGUUAUCACUGAGGUCUCAAAUGGAGAGGAUCUUGAUGAAGAAAGCAAUAGUAGUAGUAGUAGUCGCAAUAUCUUCUGACCUUCUGUAAUUGCAAAGAGAGCUAUGGAAGUAUCGAGUUUUUUUCAUGUUAAUUGGAUUGGUUGUUGUGUGCUAAGGAAAUGUAUAUUAUAUUGAAAGGAAAAUAUAUCCAUAGACAAUUGAGUUUGGAUA